UUCAUUUUCCAGAGCAAAUUUAUUUGAAAACUCUGCAACAACAGCUCCUCAUAUGGCGAAAUCAACCAGGCAACAAGCCGACUAAUUCCACACCAGGAGCCUGAAAACCAGUCCUGCGCAAAAUUCCAAAACGCACAAAAAGGAAAAGAUGCAUCUUGGAAGUUACCAAUCCGAAUAACUACCAAAAUCUCCACUCUCCCAUUUCUCCCACUUCUACAUUUGUCAACUGCAGGCGGUUCCGCUCAUUUCAUUCCAUUCAAAGCUUCAAUUUUUAACUCCCUCUGGCUUUCCAAUUCGCCCAGUUCUCUUUCUUCCCCAAUCAAUCAGAGCCGCUGGAAUCUCGAUGGCGCGACCACCGCCGGACGUCUUCUUUGACACCGACGGCGGCGGAUCCUCGCCCACUGCCGAGGAAGAAGAAGAGGACGGAAGAGGAAGCGACAUACGUAGCUCCUCGCAGCCGGCGGAGGAGCCAGCGAGGCAGUGGAGAGACGUGUUCUGGCUCUUCGUCUUCGUUAUCCACCUUCUCGCCUUCGGCUUUUUACUUUUCCUGCUCGGCAUGAAUCGGUUUGGGGAGGUCGAUCGGCUCAAAAUCGACCGGUUCACUAACAUUACCAACGCCGCGUCCGCCGCUGGCGGCGGCGACUCACCUCCACCGGAACUAACGGAGAAGUUCUGGCCGAUGUAUGGGGCGGCUGGGGCGGUGGGGACGGCGCUUGCGUGGGCGUGGUUGGCUUUGGGGUCAAGGGCUGGCCUGAUGAUGAAGGUGUCGGUGCAUAUACUCACCACCUACUUGGCUGUGAUCAGCGUGCUUUGUUUCUGGGGGGAACAUUUCUUCUGGGGGGUCGCUUUCGCUGUUGGGGCUGUCCUGCAAUUUCUCUAUGUGAUGUCGGUUUUGGAUAGGUUUCCCUUUACAAUGUUAGUAUUGCAAAAGUCUGUAAAGAUGGUUCGAGAUCUUCCUGAAGUUAUGAGAGUAGCCUAUGCAUUUUUGUUCAUCAUGCUUUGUUGGAUGGCUUUGUGGUCAUUUGGAGUAUCUGGAAUUAUUGCCUCGAGCAUGAAUGAUAGCAUAACCUGGUGGCUACUUGUGAUUUUUUCUGUGAGUUUAUUCUGGACUGGUGCUGUUCUUUGCAAUACAGUUCAUGUUAUAGUAUCUGGCAUGGUUUUCCUUGUUCUCAUUCAUGGCGAUCGAAGUUCAGCAUCUAUGCCUCCAAAACCAUUGCUCAAAUCACUAAGAUUUGCUGUGACUACUUCUUUUGGAAGCAUUUGCUAUGGUUCGCUUUUCACCGCUGCCAUUCGGACAUUGCGAUGGGAGAUAAGAGGAAUUCGUUCAAAGAUUGGAAGCAAUGAAUGUUUGCUUUGCUGUGUUGAUUUUCUAUUUCACCUUGUCGAGACACUAGUUCGGUUCUUCAACAAGUAUGCAUAUGUUCAGAUUGCUGUUAAUGGAAAGGGCUUCAACCACUCAGCUAGAGAUGCUUGGGAGUUAUUCCAGUCUACUGGGAUUGAAGCACUUGUUGCCUAUGAUUGUUCAGGUGCUGUUCUUCUCAUGGGAAUUAUCUUGGGUGGAUUAGUUACUGGAACUUGCUCGGGAGUAUGGACAUGGUUCAGAAAGAGUGACGAGGUGCUUAUGGUUGGCUCUACUGCAAUAUUGAUGGGAAUGGUUUUGGUCGGAUUGGCAGUGGUGGUUGUAGAGAGUGCAGUCACAUCAAUAUACAUCUGCUAUGCAGAGGAUCCCUCUUUGAUUCAGAGAUGGGAUGCUGAGUUCUUUGAUCAGAUGUCUGAAGCACUGCACCAACGCUUGCAGUAUCGGAGUGCUCGCGCCCGUCAUAUUAUAAUGAGCAGCAGAUUUGAUCAAAGGUCUGAUACUCCAUCAUUUUGAUAAGAUAGCAACCUAAAGAAACAAAUAAACAAAAAAAGGGAAAAAAUCAGUAAGUGUAAUUCAUUCAUAGAGUAAUUUAUUUUGGAUUCUUCAUAUUUCCUUAGCUUUUUUAGAAGGAUUAAGACAGGCCAAAGGUUCUUGAUUUGCUUCUUUUGCAAGUUAUAUGUUCUUUUGGUUCAUACUGUAAUAGCUUACAAGAAAGGAAUAAUAGCAUAUCAUCAGUUUUUAGUUUGCUCAAACUUAA